AUGCCCAAAAAAACGAAAGGAGGAGGCAGCAAGACUGCCAAUGCAGAGGACGGAGAAAUGACGAAUCUCCACCUCGACACCAGACCCUUAGAACCGCUGGUACUUGACAAUGAUGUUGCCAAGAUGAUGCAGAAGUUGGAUACCCAGGUCGGCAAAUGCAAAGCGGGAGUUGCAUGGAUCAAUAUACUCGCACUCAGCAAGAGAUUGAAGUUUGGGACCUAUAAUGAUAGGGCCGAGAACGAAACAGAAACUAACAAAUUAGUGACGUCUUUUCGCGAUGGGAUCAUGUCCAUGAAGGACCAGACAGCGAUUCCGAUCAUCAUCGAUAUCGCACGCAUCAAAAAUGCAGACUCGUUGUCGAAGGAUUUCCUUGAUCCGGGGGAUGUACCUGAACUCGAACUCGUCGACAAAGACCCUAUCGUGGUCGCAUCGGGACAGCACCGACUUGCUGCCUUAGUGAAAUUCAAACAACAGCUAGACGAUGAGUUCAACGUACUGGCGAAGAAACGGGAUAAAUUUAGGGCCAUGGACAAAAUAAGCGCGGACCAAAUGGACACGUACAACAAGGUCCAGUUCGAUAUGCGCGUCAUCAUGGGGAUCACGGAGAGUGUUGGAAAAUGGGGGGUGGUCGUAUAUAAUCAAAGGAAACUGUUAGCGAAGGGUAACGAUGACCUGGCUACUCAUCUGAGUCGCAACAAUGCGUUGCCCGAGUACGGGGAGACCGACGAAGAGGUCAUAAUAACUGCGUUCAAGAGGAUGUUAGUAGCCUACGACGCGGCACCAGAAGAGUCGAAACGUGAUGCAGCAACCAUGGCCCUCGUCGAGGUACGGACCACCGGGAAGAAAAACGCACGUAUUCAGAAGGUGUUGCACCACGAAAUGUUAUGCGUGGUGCUCGCAACCCAGCUGCUCAAGCUAGGCCCGCAUUUUCGUCGAAGGCGAGAGUUCACGGUGACAUGGCUGUUCACAUCGAUUGGGAUCUGCAUGGGAGAAGCCACCAAACAACUCGCGAUGUUGCGCGAAUCGAUGAGGACCUGCAAAGAGAACGAGAAGGGCGACCUGUCGACGUGGAUGGAGGUUAUCGGGAGUUUGAACGAACACGCGGAGGCAGUCUUUACGGGGUACGAAGACAUCAUUGAGGAAAUGACGCCUGCAUAUGUGACCACGUUAAGUAUAUAUCGAGGGAGCGUGAUACGCACCUUGAGAGACAUGUGGUCCUUGUCGAAGAAGAGCGAAGACGAGAUAAAAAGUAACGACAUCUUGAAAAGUCUUGAUAGGAUCGUCGCGCGUGUGACCCUGCACCUGACUCCGGAGCUGGGAGCUAAACAUGCGCCAGAGCCGAUCCUGGGAGCAUGGAUGAUGAAUUAUAUCUGGGAAUAUCUCAUCAGGACACAGGUUGGCAUUGUGGAGAUAUGUCAUUGGUUCGAGCCUCUGCUCGAUCAUUUCCGUCGCAUCGGUGGGAGACAGCACACGAUGGACGACUGGUCUACGGUCAUGAUGUUGAACAUUGUGAAGGACCAACGAAUCGUAGAACCCGAUGCAGAUAUGGCCGUCGCAGAAAUCAUAUGGACUUACAGAAAAUCGUUUGUCAUGAGGCUGAACAAUGUGAUGCUCAACAUCGCACCUCAGCUCCCACCACGACCAAAGGACAAAGGCACAUUUGAUGACGCCGUCGCGAAAAUGGGAGAAAACGAGCAGGUCUUGUACCAAGCUUUGCAUAACAUAGUGAUGAAGAGAAAGCAAAGGAACGUCAUCAAUCCGAAGAACAUUGCAGGGGAGGCACGUACCAUUGCCGGCAUUAUGGGCCUGCACGUCACAGCUUGGGACUGGGCAUCUCCGUCCAUCAAAAACAAUACGCGAGACCUGCUUCCCACCCUGCAGGCCAUCAUUCUGGAGCGGACGCACAUGCAGAGCUAUCGUCCAAAGCUAUUGUCGGAGCCGUGGGUCGGUGCGCUCCGAAGACUCAUUGAGAUGGCCCUCGCGCAGUAUGUUCAACCCCUGCAGACAAUUGGACGAUCCGGGUUAGAGACGACUGCAGAAUGGACUUGGUGGGACGAGCUCACCAUCAGCGACAAGCAGGCAGAUCCUCAAGCUAUCAUUGAUACACUCGAAGAUGAGUCUGUGCAAGAGCAACACAAACUUGAAGAACGACUCACGCUCAAACAAGCUCAUACGGACGCGAUCCAGAAACUUAUCAACUAUGUCGCAAAUCUACCGUGUGCUAAGUCCUCGUCCUCUUCGGAUGCUCUGAUAUCAGCAGAUGUUUCGAUAGGCCUGGAAUAUUUGCUCCGGGCGGUGUUCUUGAACACAUCUAGAGCUCGAGUUCGAGAAAUGUGGGACAAUCCAAAUAAGAAGUUCAAUGUCAGCACUGAUGUCGAAGCACUGGACAUCAUUUUCCCACAAUGUGAAGCUGACAAAUUCACAACGGGAUACGACGAUGAUUACGAGGAUCCAGAAGACCACGCGGAAAUGGAAUUCAAGAACCCACGGAACAAAGGGAAGGCAAAAGAGAUCCAAGUCUCUGACGAAGCUGACGUCCCUCCUACCAUUCGACAAACACCUGCUUCCGGUUCCAAGCCUCCUGUGUCUAACGUUCCCACUACUGUCGACGGUCAGCCGCGUCCUGUACCUAAACCUCGUCCUGUGCCUCGCAAAACGCACAAUGCACCUUCCACGUCUGAGGUAACCGUACAUCCAUCCUCCGGUCAACACGACAAGGAUCCCAACGUUGAGUCUGAGGCAUCUGCCAAUGACCAGACGCGUUCAUCCACACCCGCCGUUGCCACGGUUGCCCACGCGGGUGAUAUGUCAGUACAAUCAGGGGUGUGA